GCUGCGCCGAGCAUUCGACCUCUGAUCAUACCAGCGCCCACUCCCACAGUGCAUGAUCGAGGGGCCUUCUUUGACGCGUCCGUCACCCUCCUGCGUCGGCACCAUCAACGGCAGCGGCAUCUACGACUACGCCGCUCUUCUCACCGGGACCCAUCCGCGGUAUAUCUUCAGGCACACGAGACUCCGCCGGCAUUGCCCUGUUGAGCGCUGCCCGUCAUUGAGCGAUUGACGCCAUACGCACUUGGACGAGUCAGCCAUUGAGCCGUGAUCGAGUCGACCGACUGCAUUACUGGCGUCAGAGAAGCAGUGCUGCGACGUGCUAUACUGACCUGCUCACCCAGGAGGAGCAUCACCAUCGAUAUCGACAGAAACCCUCCCACCCACCGCAUCAUCCGCCGAGGAGGAACAGACACAUUGUAUCCAUUAUUUUCUGGGAAAGAGGCUACCGUGGUGCAUGAUCAUGAGCAUGCAGAGUGCUUGAUCGUGCAGCACAGUACAGGACGAAGAGGACGCGACUCACCUUUUUGCUGAGGUCGUGCCACAACACACAUGGUGGAGACGGAGCGUCAGUGACUAGCCGCCGUUGCACAGAAAAGGGACCGCCCUCGGGCACCACGCGCUCCCAUUGGGGCUGGUGAUACGUGAUCGCAACGCCGACGACUCCCUUUUGGGCCGCGGUGCAGUGGCUGUCUGCUCCACGAGUCGCGGAGACGUGCAGAUCGCAUGAGUCUGCGAACUUCGCCCGUGUUGCACUCAAGCCGCCCAGGGUGGACACAGUAGGGCUGCAGCGGUCGAGGGGCUUCCCGAGACUCUGCUCUGCUAUACCAGCGCCGUGCUAUUGACGACGUCGUCGACACCACAAGGUUGGGCCCUCUCACUGUCGGGCGUGCAGGCGCUGUGCGGAGAUCGUGGGCGACGUGAAACACCAUGCAAGUUUCGCCAGCAGGCCCGUUUGAAGCCCGCUCUGCCGUGCCUGCAUCCUCGCCUUCCCUGCUCGAACACCAACUCCAGACGCACCGACAGGACAACCGCUCCACCUCGCUCUCUUCCGGCUCCGUCUCGACCAUCAAGCGCCCAGACUCGCUGUCCCGUGCACCCGACGACUUCGACCACACAGCACUACGUUCGCGCCACUUUGGCCGCGAUGCCUUGACCGCGAAUGAUCAUCAACGGAGGAGGAGUGUGGCAGUGGACCGCGACACCACCGACUACCUGCGUGCGCAAUCCGCAGCAGCAGACCCUUCCCAGGACGACAACGCUUCGGGCCCGGGCUCAGUCAACCGCUGGUCUCACUCGACCUCCUCGAGCCUGGCCUCACUCAGCAACACGCGACGACACCGCUCCAGCAGCGGUGCCGUGCUGAGCUCCCUGGCAGGCCAACAGUACCAGUCUCCGCGCCGCGCCGCCCCUGUCCAUGCAUCCCCCCAGUCCAGUCCGCAGCGGAAAGAGGUGACGACGUCCCACGUCUCGCCAUAUUCCAGUCCUGAACGGAGAAGAAGACCAUCGAGACAGGACGGCACUGGAUCCUCACUGACGGCGCUCCCGCUUCUCCAUACCACGCCUGCUCUGACGGACCCCAAUGACACUGAGUCGCCGUCGACCAGUUCACAGACCAUUGCCACACCCUCCGCGACAUCUCAUCCUCAGCACGACUAUUUCGAUGCUUCGUUGUCCGCGUACGGCAUGGCCAAGCAGAAGCGCAUAGUCACAGUACGCAGUCCUUCAGCGCCUGUAACGAUACCGCCACAGCCAGUACGUACAGUGCCCGAGGCAGGCACCUCACAGCCCGACAUGUCGGAACGGAGCCACCAUCAUAGACACAGAGCGUCUGGGAGUGGUAGUCAUGCAUCGAGGAAACCACGAAACAGGGAGCGGACGGAGAAGGAUAAGAAGUCCAUGCUUUCCAAAGCAUUGCAAAAGGCGAAUACGGCAGUCUUGUUGGACAAUGCGCAGAACUAUGAGGGUGCGCUGGAGGCAUAUGGAGAUGCUUGUGAUUUGCUGACGCAGGUCAUGGCGCGCACCUCGGGUGAAGAGGACCAGCGAAAACUGGACGCCAUUCGUGUGACAUACAGCAACCGGAUGGAGGAGCUGAAGUUAUUGGUUCAGGAGCAGGCUCACCCGAGCGAUGAGAAGGACCUACCUGCGCGACCGAUGAGUGAUGACGGAGCAUCAUCGCCGCCGCCCAUGAGCCCCAUGAGCGGGUCAUUGGGCUCACAUUCUGCAGGAGGAAUGCUGGCUGAGCCUGCUGGCCGCUCAACUGCGGCUCCUCGAAUAUCAUACCAGCACAAUGAUCGCGACAGCUUUUUCUCUCGGACAAUGGCCGCCGUGGAGAAUUCAACAGCCUACGACGAACCAACGAAGGACCAGUCACCUCCAGCGAAUGCGCAGCUCUCCUCGACAAACGGCCAUGCACGAGAUCCCUCGAUAUCACUCGCCCCACCCGAGCAUGCCGAAUAUAUGCCCCGACCACUAUCGCCGCGGCGGCCGACUGAGCGAUCGCCGUUGACUUCAGCUUACGCAUAUAAGGCAGAAAAGCCAUGGCAAGCGACGGAGCCGGCACCUAGUGAGUCUUCAAUGGAUGAUCGAGAGCCGGUGGAGACCAAAGAUUCGACAUCGUGGUUGGAUCCAGUGGACGAGCCUGGCUCCUCCCGCUCGGCUUCCGUGCAUUCCAGAGACUCAUAUCACCAAGGCUCGCGCAGGAAGCACUUGAGAGACCUCAGUGGGGAGACAGAUCCUGGAUUCGACGAGGCGUUUGACGCUGCGGUGGAGGCUGCGUAUGAUCAAGGCUUGGAGCCAGAUCUUGAUUCACGGCGUAGGCACUUGACGACGAAUAGGCAAGGCAAGCACAACGAAUCAGUUCAAGUGCCCGCAUCCGAGAUUGCGGAGAUCAUGCCUGGCCCUUUCCAAUCGGCUCUGGCGAACACCGAGCAAGACGAAGAAGACCAGCGCAUAUUGGAUGAGAUCACCAACGACUUCGGGAGUGAGUUCAAUUUUGGAAUUUCGUCCAAGUCUGCCUUGCCACGUCAGUCCGACUCAAGUUCCUUCUCGCGGAGCACGUGGCAGAGCUCACAGGUUUCGUCGCGGGAUACCGCUGCGUCGUCUCUGGCAACUGUAUCGGAAGACGUGUUGGGGAGAGGCAUGUCAAAAGCUGCGGCUUUGAGGGAAAGUGCAGCAUUGCCGGCUUCCGUAGCGCCUCCGCGCGCUUCAUUGCCACGACCAACGAGUUCGAGCGAUCGUCGUGCCUCAUCUAAUGUGCGUAGCCGGAGGUUGUCUCAGGCAAAACAGCUCAAGAUUGAGACCUCUGUGCCGCCCGAGGGCCGCAAGAGAUCAUCUACGUUCAACACCGGCAGAAGUCCCAUGCUUCAAGAUGAAGAGGAUGAUGCAGAACUCAGAGCCAGACAGCCGAGCAGCAGCACUGCUGGCGAUCCAUCCCACGAGCAUAUGUUGCGAUCCCCGCCAUCGCUGGAUCUGCCCACAAUCACGAAUGAUGAUGACCACACUUACGAUAACACGACAACAUACAACCACAGACCGAGUUAUGAGGAGGCACCCAGUGACUUGUCUGGAGGCGCAAGGCCGUUGCUUUUCCGGAAGAACAGGUCAACAAUGAGUUUGCGGGAUCAUUCUCAGCAUACAGUGCUACUGGCCUCUCCCGAUCCCGAAGCUUUUGCCUCAAUGGCAACACCCAUGAGCUCGACGUUCAUGAGUUUUGCCUCAAAGAGGAAUCACAGUCAGAACCCACUGACUUCACAACGAGCGAAUUUCCCAUCCCUGGCACACAUGUCCUACGAUUCUCAAGUCGGGGGUGGCAUACAUCUUUUCGAUACAUCCUUGUCAGGACCACAGGCAGCGCUCUCGCCACUCUCGCCGCGGUCGCCAAGCCAGGCGCAGCCCACCAGCCUUGAGCCUUGCCCAGAGCCUUUCCUUCUGCGGCCAUUCUGGUUGAUGCGUGCCCUUGCGUCGACCAUCGUGCAUCCACGUGGUGGAUUCCUGACGGAGAAGCUUUUCGUACCCCGCGAAGUUUGGCAGACGAGAGGUGUCAAAUUGAAGCUUGUCGAGGACAAGGUAGCCAAUUGUGACCUCCUGACUGCCGCAUUGGGACGCCUGGCCAAUGUGAACACUUUCGAUGCCGAUGCCGUCAAGGCAGAACUGGAAACCUUCGAAGAAGUCAUGGACCGUGCUCAGGCGGCAUUGGCCAAGAAGUUGGGAAGCGAUGUAGGGCCGCACGGUGUCACGGGCAUGUUCAAAGAUGCCUCAGCCGCGAACGUGACGUAUACUGCCGGCAACAGUCCGUCGGAUACUAACGCGCCCGCCGACAAAGCUACAAAGAGCAAUUCGGGUAAGAGCUAUUUGACUUCCUGGCGCAAGCUACGCAACAAGAGCUCUGGUGCACCACUAUCUGGAGGUGGUGUUGCCUCGGUGGCUGCCAACAACAAAGAUGGCGGGAAAGAACAGCAUACCAUGCAAUCGGUUCCGAUGACCAGCUUUGUGCCCGUGGAGCGACGAGGCAACAAGAGAGAGGCACGGAAUCUGGUGUUCGAGGGUCCAAACAAGGAUUAUAUGGGCUCCCUGGCUCGGCUGUUCGACGGCGUGCAAAUACUCGAUCAAAUCGCACGUCAGGUCGAAGACCCCGGGCUCAAGCACUCUUCGCCAACGCACGUCGGGCUCGAACUGAGCAUUCGCCACGCAGCCGAGUUCUUCGGAUUCUAUGUUUGUCGGUUCGUGCUCGCGGAUCUGACGCAGUUGAUGGACAAGUACGUUAAGCGAGGCACCGAGUGGGUUCUCGCGUAGAACAUUUUAACAACACAUCACGACGACGAAACAAGCGCUCGACAAAUCACUGGCAUGCUCUCUUUUCGCACGCGAAUCCGACGUCGGUGGUGCUCCGCGGAGACAGUCUGGGACGGGUACGCCUGUGUGCACGCGAGUGCAUCUGAUCACACAUCAAGCCUUCUUUUGAUUUUUACCAUUAUCGAUAUGCGUCGUUCCUUCUCGCCCCAGCCGCAUGCGUGACGCGAUGCAUAUGUGUGCGUGCCGCGCGCGUGUGGCGUGAGGAUUCAUUCUGCAUAUGAAGCAAGCAAGCAACACCAACCACUUGGAACCGACAGUUUUGAAAGCUUUAACAGGGGAACGACCAGCGAAUGUUACUAAUGACCCAGCUUCUAAGAACUGAAGAGAAAUUGUUCUCCAUCUUGGCCCAUGGCAAUCAAGAAGCAUGAAAGCACACCGCGCAGUAGGGGUUGCAUGAAAAGACGAGAUUCGCUCACAUCCGGGGUGAACGAGGUGGGAAACACGGAAAGUACAAGUGAGGAAGGAGAAGGCAGACUUGAAGAUGUCAAAGACGACGAUGCAGAAAGCUGAAAGUUCCCCCCUUCCGAUCACAGCAGGAAGUUGAGGAGGAAACGUUCCAAAGAGAGCCGUGAAGAACGCUCACUAUUAGACGCGAAAUUUUUGUUGUUAUAGUUGAAGUUAUCGAUCUUCAUGCUUAUAUGGGAGAUCAGUCAGGCAGGCAGGGACAGAAAGAAGGGAAACUAGAGAGACGAUGUGAGGACCUGCUAGAAUUUGAUUUGGUGUUUUUUGAUAUCCAUUGCACGAUACCAAGGGUCGUUUUGAAUUCUGUCUAUCUAUCUAUGCAUCCAUCAAUCGCUCGCUGUGUCUGUGUCUCUUGCUCAAUACUGCCCCUCCAGCGUCUUCUAGGAUGCCAAAUUUUGGUUUCUCAACUGAUGUUUUUUUUCUUUUUUGCUGCCCGAGCAGUGAGAUUGAUCGUCGUUGAAGCUGCAAAUCCAAUCAAUCUGAUAAUAUGCAACAACGAUCAGAUAAGACGCCAGAUUUUCGUCAAAGUGCAACGAGA